AUGAGAGUUGGUGUGGGCUGUGGCUCUUCCAGGACCAUUGAUCUAUCCAAGGAAGAUGGGAGUGAACAAGCUGACGAAGGGGUCUAUAGGCAGAUUGUUGGAAGUCUGUUGUACUUGACUGCAACAAGGCCAGACAUUAUAUUUGCAACAAGUCUUUUGGCUAGAUUUAUGCAUGGACCUACUAGAAAACAUAUGGGAACUGCCAAAAGGGUACUGAGGUACAUUCAAGGCACAUUUGAUUAUGGCAUAGUGUAUGAGAAAGGAAAAGAAGCAAGGCUCAUUGGCUACUAUGACAGUCAUUGGUCUGGGAGUGAGAAUGACAUGAGAAGCACCUCUGGAUAUGCAUUUAAUCUUGGAUAUGGUGUGUUCUCGUCAAGCAAAGUAGUGUAG